GCUCAAGAUUAUAAGUAUUGCGUCGAGAGGCACCUUAGCGUUCCUCCUCCUUGUGCGCGUUUCUUUUUUUCAAUGCAAAAGAGGCCUUGGAGUCGCGCGGAGGAGAGGGAGUAUUAGGAAUUAUUAGUGCGUAGGAAGCUCCUCUAAGGAAAUUCGGAGUAAGCGAGGAAAGAAGCACCGAAGCCUCGUACACACUUGACAUGACGAACAAUAUACCAGCGAUGCAGGCAAGAUGCGGUGUUGAGGUCGCGUAAUUCGCCAAGACAGAAGUAACAAUGCCGGGAACUGUGGAGAACAAGACGAGCGAGAACGAGGAGAUCGAAAAUGUUCGAGUCGUCGUUCGGAUUAGGCCUAUGAAUGGGAAGGAGUUGGACGGUCACAGCCAAGAUAUCAUAUUCGCGGACACCUUCAACAAAACCAUAACAGUCAAGAAUCCACACGCGACUCGUGAGGAACCACCCAAGAUAUUUUCUUUCGAUGCCGUCUUUGAUUCAAAGGCAACUCAAGUUGACAUAUACAAUGAGACAGCUAGGGGCAUUGUUAACAAGGUCCUGGAGGGGUACAAUGGCACCAUCUUUGCGUAUGGGCAGACUGGAACUGGGAAGACGUAUACUAUGAGUGGAUCCAAGUCUUCUCCACAGCUGAGAGGCAUUAUUCCUAAUUCGUUUGCUCAUAUAUUUGGGUACAUUGCAAAGGCUGACGAGAAUCAGAAGUUUCUGGUGCGUGCUACGUACUUGGAGAUCUACAAUGAAGAGAUCAGGGAUCUGCUGGGCAAGGAUCAAAAUUACAAACUGGAGGUAAAGGAGAGACCUGACAUUGGAGUCUAUGUCAAAGAUCUCACUGGAUACGUUGUGAACAAUGCAGAUGAUCUCGAUAGAAUAAUGGUCAUUGGCAACAAGAACAGAGUUACUGGGGCAACUGCGAUGAAUGCAUGUAGUUCGAGGUCUCAUGCAAUCUUUACCAUAACGGUAGAAUCAAGUCAGAUAGGAGACGAUGGACAGCAGCAUGUGAAAAUGGGAAAGUUGCACCUUGUAGAUCUUGCUGGUUCCGAGAGGCAAAGUAAAUCAAAAGCUACUGGAAUGAGACUGCGGGAGGCUACAAAGAUCAAUCUUUCCCUUUCCACUCUUGGCAAUGUCAUAUCAGCCCUAGUCGAUGGUCAAAGCUCGCAUGUGCCAUACAGGAAUUCAAAAUUGACCAGAUUGCUCCAAGAUUCGCUUGGUGGAAAUUCAAAGACUCUGAUGUGUGCCAACAUCAGCUCAGCUGAUCUCAACUAUGAUGAGACCAUUAGCACACUGCGAUAUGCGAACAGGGCAAAGAACAUCAAGAACUGUGCCAGAGUUAACGAAGAUCCAAAAGAUGCCUUGCUGAGGCAAUUCCAAAUUGAAAUUGAGCAACUGAGGCAGCAAUUGGAGGAGAACUGUCCUGACAUCUCAACGAGCGAUGACGAGUCAGAGGCUUCCGAGGAAUUCGGUACAUCACCUAAGUCAAACUUAAACAAAAAGAACAUGCCUAGCAUGUCCAACAGUCAAACUGAGAAGAAGGACAAGUCAGAGAAGCAGUCAGAGUAUCCGAAUGACAUGGAUUUGAUGGAACUGAAACGCACACAGACCGAAAAAGAAGUACUGAGAGAAAAGAUGUUGAACUUGCAAAACAAAAUACUCAUCGGGGGAGAAAAUCUCUUAGAGAAGGCUGAAGCCCAGGAGCAAUUGCUCGCUGCAUCAGCUGCUGAACUUGAGAUGAGAAAGCAAAGAGAAGAGCAGCUGAGCAAAGCAAUAAAGGAAAAGGAAGCAGAGAGAAUCGACAUAGAGGAAAAAUACUCAUCCCUCCAAGAAGAAGCCGCAGGAAAGACAAAAAAAUUAAUAAAAAUACACAGCAUGCUGUUAUCUGUCAAGGCUGAACUGUCCGAUCUCCAACAAGAGCAUCAACGCGAAAUGGAAGGUCUUCUGGACGGUGUUCGCGGUAUCGGUCGCGAGCUGCAACUGCAGGAGCUCAUCCUGAACAACUACAUUCCACUGGAGUACCAGACCCUCAUCGAGAGAUACGUUCACUGGAACGAGGACAUCGGAGAGUGGCAACUAAAAUGCGUCGCCUACACUGGCAACAACAUGCGAAAAUCCCAGAUGCACCUGUCGAACGGAGAAAGCGUAGAAGCAAACAUUCCAGAGUUGUCCAACAUUUACUACACCUACGCCGAGUCGGUCAAGAGUCUACCCUCAGCCAUGAGAGAGAAGAGCCGGUCUGGUGCGCGGUCCGGUGUCCCAAGACCGACAACGGCUAGUCGAUCGCGUCAACGAUAAUAAUUUAAUUUAUUCCGUCUCUAGAGAUUAUUGCAUUGCGUUUAAUUUUAUUAUUUAUUGCAAACGUUUCAGUAUUAUUUCUCCAAAUAUUUGUAUAUGUAAAUGACACAGGCUAUAUGUAAUAUUGAUAAUAAAAGGCAUUUAAGUA